GAAAGGAAACUACACGAAGAUAUGUAGAGGCAAUGCACCAAUACAAUUGAUUUCUCCUUCUUAAGAAAAAUACCCCUUCCUAAGAUAAGGUGCAGAAGAACAUUCAUGGUUCAUGUCUUAACUUCUUUCUUUAGUAAAUAUAAUACAGUGGAUCACUGUGUGAGUGUUUGUGACCGAGUUGUCUGUACAAAAUUGUAAUAAUAAAAAUGUGAACUUUCUAUUUAAAAUUAAAAACGGAUACAGCAAAAAUAUAACGAUUAUUUUUUUAACUUAUUAAAUUGGUUUAAACUACAAGUAUGUAAAAAAUAUAAACUAUAAGUUUUGAUUUAAUUCAUUUUGUUACGUAAUGAUUAAAUUAAACUGGUUAUUCAAAAUUUUUUCUUUAAUUAAGAAAUAAAUUUAAUUAAAUUUCAUUGUCUGAGCGUUAAAGUCACCGAGUUUGAGAAUUGUAAUGGCGGCAGUUUUAUUAAUGAUUAUUAUUACUAUUUUAAUGUGUCGUGUCAAUGGCGGUUAUGAAGAACCAGGACCUAAGUAUAGAUGUCCUAAAAAAGGAAGCAUCAUAGAACAAUCUUUGUAUCCUUGUCGAUGUGUGGCGGAGUCAGAUAAUGGCUUGGCAUUGCAUUGUGAAAAUAGCAACUUAGCAUCAUUAUCUGUUGGACUAUCGAAUGUUCCGUCUUUAAAAAAUGACAUUCAAAUAGAUAAUUUGACAAUUUCUUCAUGCAAUAUUGGUCGUUUAUAUGGGGAUUUGUUUUAUUCAACUGUCAUUAAUAGGAUAUUUAUACAAGAUACACCCAUAAUAAUAUUAGAUGAUGAUUUGUUCAUUGGUGUCAAUCAAACUCUAAUUGAACUUCAUAUAAUAAAUUCUAAAUUAUCAGAAUUUCCUUCUGGUCCGUUUAAAAUUUUGGGAAAUUUGAAAGUUUUAAAUUUAGACAAGCAUGCGAUUUUUCAUUUGUCUCCAAAUAUGUUUGCUUCUAGUCAAUUAUCAUCUCGUUUGGAAAAAUUACAUAUUGCAAAUGGAAAACUUUCGUCUUUUUCUCCAGAUACAUUUUUUUCGUGUAAAAAACUAAAACAUCUUGACCUUCAUGGUAAUCAAUUAGAAAUUUUACAAAAAAAUCAGUUUAAAGGGCUCAGAGAUUUGGAUACAUUGGAUCUCUCAAAUAAUAAUAUCAACAAGAUAGAUUCAUCAUAUUUUGGAGAUUUAACUAAAAUGGUGACCAUAAACUUGUCAAAUAAUUCUUUACCGACUGUUACUAGAGGAACUUUUGCUAGAAAUACAUUAUUACGAUCAAUGAAUUUAAGCCACAACAAACUUACAAAAUUGGAUUCAGAAUUGUUCAGAGGAUUGCGUUUUCUUCGAAGACUAUUCCUUCAUGAUAAUGAGAUUGUUCAAGUUGAAAGAGGUACAUUUGCAUCUUUGACAAGGAUUGGUACAAUUAAUUUGGCUAGAAAUCGCUUAAGUGUUAUUGACUAUCAGAUGUUCGCCGGACAAAACUACGUUGAAAUUAUCGAUGUAUCAGAAAAUCAAAUAACUAAGAUAGAAAAGUUGUCUUUCAAAAAUUUAUACUUAGUUCAUAUAAAUCUAUCAAAAAAUAAUAUUACACUAAUUGAAAGUGGAGCUUUUGAAAAUUGUGCAAAUAUUACGGUUCUUGACAUGUCAUACAAUUCUAUAAGUGAAAUCUCCAAAACAGCAUUUGAUAACAUUACUUAUGCAACCAUAUGGCAAUUGUCUUACAAUCAGUUAACUGACUUAUCCCAAGUACCUGUUGGAAAUAUGGCCGGAAUAAAAGUUUUAAAUGUUACACAUAAUAACAUAACUGUAAUCCCCAAGGGAACUUUUCCCAAGCUUUACGAAUUGCAUACAUUAGACUUUAGUCACAAUUAUAUUAAAUCUAUUAGUCCAACUGUUUUUCAGCCUCUAGUCAGUCUGCGUUAUAUUAACUUGAGUCAUAAUUCUUUAGUAGAUUUAAAAUCUGGUACCUUUGGAACCCUACCUACUUUGUUGGAAUUGUUAUUAGGUUGGAAUAGUCUAAAAAAAAUUAAUGCUGCAACAUUUAUAAAGUUGUCUUCGUUAAGUUACUUGGAUUUGCAAUACAAUAAUAUUACCCAAAUUCCUACUAUUCCAAUAUCACUAUCCAGUUUGAUUGUGAGCCACAAUAAAAUCUCAAGAAUUGCACCAGACGUUGCAUGGCCACCAAUGAAUGCAUUACUAACACUCGAUUUGAGUUUCAACUCUUUAGCAGAUAGUUUAACUGAAGACACUUUUUCUAAAUUAUUGUCUCUACAGAGUUUGAUACUUGAUUAUAAUAGUAUCACUACACCACCUAGUGCUGCUUUGGCCCCCUUGGUUUCUACCCGGCAUCUAUCAAUGAAAGGUAAUAUUAUAACACAGCUUGGAAUGAAUGCCUUUGGAGUAUUACCUGUAGUUUUUUUUUUGGAUUUGUCAUUAAAUAAUGUAACUCAUAUGGUACCAGAAGCCUUUAAUGGGUUAUUGCAAUUACAGCUUUUAAAUCUUUCUUAUAAUAGUUUGACUGAUAUUCCCAAUGGAGUUUUCAAAGGCUUAGUAUCCCUGAAUACUUUGGAUUUGUCAUAUAAUCAGAUAAGUUCAUUGGACAAUAAGACAAACAGUGUCUUAGAAGAUUGUUUUUCACUUAAGCACUUUAAUAUUAGUCAUAAUCAAUUUUCAUUCUUCACAAAGAAAUCUUUUCCCAGUCAUAUGUAUACACCAAGUACUUUGCGGACAAUUGAUAUAAGUUAUAAUGAAGUACCAGUCAUUACAAAAGAAAUAUUAAUAGGUACUGAUAAAGUAACAUUUUUGAAUUUAAGUCAUAAUUCAAUAGAUGAAAUUAGACCAGGAGUACUGGGAAAUUUGACAUCAUUAAAAUUACUUGAUUUGUCUUUUAACAAUUUGAAAGUAAUGAACAAUCUAGGAAAUAUGCCAACAAAUUUGACAAUCUUGUUUCUAUCUAAUAAUAAACUAAAAAAAUUACCCAAAGAGAUAUUGAAUACUGUACCAAAACUGGUUCAAUUUGAAGUAGAUAAUAAUUUAUUCAAUAGUUUACCACCAACUAUAGCUAAAGAAGUAGGAAGAGGAGUAAAUAUUUCAUUCAAUGGUAAUCCAUUAGAAUGUGACUGUACUCUAAUUCCUAUUAAGCGUUUGUUGAACUCCAAACUUACAGUUGACCCUUAUUGGUCUAAUAUAACAUGUUCUAAGUUGUUGUCAUCAGAAUUAUCAUACGUAAGAAAUUUGAAUGAAAAUGAUUUAGUCUGUGAUGUACCUAUUGAUAAUGAUGAUGGUACAUUUACUAGUACUCCUGAUAUAAAAAUCAGAGGACUGAAAAAAAUUGGUAGUUCCAAUUUGAAGAUAGAUUGGUUAGUAUUACAAAACAAAGAGGACAUUGCUGACUUCAUUAUUUUUAGUGGUAGUAGUAAAACAGGAGAAAGAAGUUUUUCUAAAUAUGUUCCAUAUAAUUUGAGAUCACAAACUAUUCGUCCUAUUUUUAUAAAAAAAUCAUCUAACAUAUGUUUACUUGCAAGAAAUAGUUUUGGUCAAGAAAGGCAGAUUAAAAAGGCUCAGUGUGUUGAUAUUAAUGAUUUAGGACCAUGGUCAGUGAAUAAUGGUUCUUAUAAUGAAACUCAGUUUUUACCUGUGAUAUUUUUGUUAUCUUUAUUGUAUAUGAUUAAUUAUUGUUAUUGAAAAAUAGUAAAUUAAGAAUUAAAGAAUUUUAUACAUUA